AUGCCCGCCCGCCUCGAAGGAAAGAUUGCUAUCGUCACCGGUGCCAGCAGCGGCAUCGGCCGCUCCAUCACGGAAACGUUCGCGGCGCACGGCGCCAAGGUCGUCGCUAUCGACCUCGCGGCGCCAAAGGACGGCGCGGCGUUCCCCCCCGGCGUCGAGUUCUUCGCUGCGAGCGUGACGGACGUCGAGGUCGAGCAGUCGAGCACCGCCGAGGAGCCAAGGUUCAGAGCACUCGCUAACGCUCGUGCUAGCGACGCCAACGUCUGGACCCGCGCGCUCGAGACCGGGCGGAAAGCGUUCGGCGCGACGCCCGACGUGCUGGUCAACUCGGCAGGCAUCACGUACACUGCGCUGCUGCACGAGCAGACGGACGAGGGGUUCGACCGCACGUUCGACAUCAACUUCAAGGCGCCGAUGAAGGGGAUGCAGGUGCUCAUCGGGGCGUUGCUGGAGGAGAAGCGCGGCGGCAACAUUAUCAACAUUAGCAGUAUCGCCGGCGUGAACGGCCUGCCGACCAAGACGGCGUACGGGGUCUCCAAGGCGGCCAUUUCGCACUUGACCAAGAUCGCCGCGAAGGAGUACGGCGAGAAGGGCAUCCGCGUGAACGCCAUCGCGCCGAGCAUGAUCCGGACGGACCGCACGGCAUUCAUGAACUCGGUGCUCCACCUCACCGCGCUCAACCGCUGGGGCGAGCCGCAGGAGAUUGCCAACGCCGCGCUGUUCCUUGCUGCUGUUAUCCGCGUGCUGCUGGCCGAGAAGCGCCCCGGGUCGAUUGUCAACGUAUCAAGUGUGCGUGCAGACACGAAAGCAAUAUGUACUGAAGCUGGCCAGAUUGCCGGCGAGCGUGCCUUCCCCUUCACGCCGGCGUACAACACGUCCAAGGCGGCCGUGUCGCACCUGACGCGCUCGGCCGCGUCCGAGUUUGGCGAUAAGGGCACCCGCGUGAACGCCGUGGCGCUGGGCAUGGUGCUGACGGCCAUGACGCGCGACACGAUCCACGAGCGGCAGGGCCUGGUGGACCACCAUACGGCGCUCAAGCGCGUCGUGGCGGCAGAAGAGAUGGCCGCGAGCAUUGUCUACCUUGCUUCUGACGACGCAUCCUACAUUACUGGCCAUGUACUCGUCAACGACGGCGGGCGUGUCCUCACUUGA